GUUGAGCAAAAACCGAAGGCCGAAAACAGUCAUCAAUAUUUCCAUCUCCAUCCGCAUCUGCAUCACUGUGGGAAGCAGGAAAUGGAGGAGGAACCCAUCAGAGAAGCUUCAAAAGAGGUCUGUAGAGAGUUCGAAACCCUAAUUGAUGAGCGAGAUCUGGAUUCACUCAAGCAAUUGCAGCUUCUCAUAUUGGGAAGGUUGCAGGACAGCAACGCAGUGCUGUCUCAUUUUAAUGAAUUUUCAGAGAAUUGUUUCGCAGAGGUUUCUGCUGAUUUUUCAAGAAACACGCGUCUCUUAAAAUCUAUGAAGUCUGAUCUUGAUUACAUCUUUCAAAAGCUAAGGAGCAUGAAAGCCAAAAUUUUGGCAACUUAUCCAGAUGCUUUUCCAGAUGGAUCCGCAAAAGAAGUGCUUGACCGGAGACCAGACCUUGAAAUGCCUUGAUAACCUUACUGGAAUAGGUUUACAUGGAAGGAAUUCGGUUCGCACUCAUCCACAGGUGAAUGCAUUAUAUACCUAAAUAGAUGGAAGGGGUGUGCUUACUCAUUGUGGAGCAAUUGUUAAAGGCAAAUUGGGAAUUGGGAAUUGAUAGUAAUUGUAUAAUGUGUGAUUUCUGGAAAAAGAAAAAAACAAUUAUACAAUUUAUGGAAGAUGGUUACACCUACUAUUAUGUUGAUUGUGGGAGGAACUAUGAAUUGUGAUUUAAGUUUGUUUGGUGUGUGUUCAUAUCUUCUAUAAUCUUUUUUUAAGGAUUGAAUGUAACGAACUUAUUCAGAGUAAACUGGUUAUUGUGAAUGGAUAUGUAUAUGUAAUGAGUGGAAGA